AUGGAUAUCAUCUGGCGGGACACUUCUUCCGCCUCGCUGUACGAGGAGGCCCGUUUGGCACGGGUCUUCAACUCUCGCCGCCGCGACCAGCAUCCAUCGGCUAUUGUGCGUGCUAGAGAAGAGUCCGACCUCGUCGAAGCAGUUCAGCUCUCGUGUAAAUUGAACAUGCGGGUCACUGUCCGCUCUGGCGGUCACUCAUUCCCGGGUUGGAGUCUUCGCGACAGUUCUCUACUGAUCGACCUUGGCGACUACCGUGAAGUCGAGAACUGGGGUUGGGCUUGUGAGAGGGUCAGGGCUGUCGAUGUGGUCACGGCAGAUGUGAGUCUGGUUCGUUGCUCCGCGGAAAAGAACACGGACUUGUUCUGGGCUGCGCGAGGAGCUGGGCCUUAUUUCCCCGGCAUUGCCACCCGGUUUCUCGUGCAGCUACUCCCUGCACCCAAGGUCUUCCGUUCGUCCGGGUACAUAUAUCCCAAAAAUAAGUAUACAGAGGCCUUUAAUUGGAUCCUUGCUCUCACACCUGCUUUUGACAAAGACACGGAAAUUGUGGCUGUCUGCCGGUAUCCUGAAGGUAUCGAGGAGAUCUGCUUCACAGUGUACUUCAUCGCAAUGAAGGACAGUGUGGACGCGGCUUGGGGCGCCUUGCUGCCCGCACAACAAACCCGUCCAGAGGGCACAGUUCGAGAGUGGUUCUGUCGAGAAGACAGCCUCGAGCAGGAAUACGCGAACGAAGUUAGCGCUUACCCGGGAGAUCGUCGCUGGGUGGUGGAUAAUGCCUUCAUCGAGAACGAGGCAGAUGUGGCUGCUGUGCUGGAGCAGGUCUGUAUGUCACUGCCAGACAGGCGGUUUGUUGUGCUUUGGUAUCCGCUGGCCCCGCAGAGUCGUCGUCGAUUGUCGGACAUGGCUUUCAGUCUGCAAUCGGAUCACUACGUUGGUACAUACGCCAUUUACGAGAGCGAAAGCGAUGAUGAGAGGUGCCGUUCGUGGAUCCAAGACACAGCAGAAAAGCUGGAGCCAUUUCGUGUAGGGUCUUUCUCCGGUGAAGCCGACUUUCAAGCUCGUGUUGUUAAAUGCUGGGGUGACAAGGAAUUCGCAAGGUUGACUCAAGUACGACAAAGGUGGGAUCCUGAGGAGCGCUUCUGUGGGCCAUUGGAGGGCGUGGAUGCGUAA